AUGAGCAGAUUUAACAGAAAAAUUCUUUUUACUGUUAAAAAGAUAUUACAUGUACUAUUAAUUUUGCAAGUGGGUAUUGUGUAUGUAAGAUGCAUUGUAGAAAAAAUUGAUUCAAGGACUCCAAGUGGGGCAAAUGCUUAUAUUUGGUUGAUUAAAUCUCCAAACAUUUUAUCUCAGAGCAUCAAUGAGCCAACAAGGUAUUCAUAUGGAUUAAUGUCUGGUUCAAUAAUAAGUUUAGAUCUAGAAUUUGAUUUUUGGGAGUAUCCUGAUGAGAAAAGUGUAGAAGAUUCCAAAAAUAAUCCUGAGACUGAGUAUAUAAGAUUAAAAAAUGAGACAGGAGAAAAUAUCUUAAAAAAUAGUAAUAAAGAAAUGAUAAAUAAACAAAAUCAAAUAUUUAAGAUGAAUAAAAAACAGUUAUUAGCGACUGGAGUCCCUCUAAUGAGAUUUGAAGAUCUUCCAAUGGUUUGUAUGUUUUCGUUGAAAUUGGAGGAAGUUAAUAGACUUGUUGGAGAUUUGAAUAUUGCAAAUUCAAAUGACAUUUUUAUUGGUAUAAAGUGGAGAAAUGAGAGAGUAAUAAUAGUUCUGAAGAGAUUAAUUAGACAAUUAAUAUUAUAUUGGAGAAGUUUAAUACACUAUAUUAUGCCAAAAAGUGUUUCAAAAUCAAUAGAAAAAAGAUGUUUGGAUUGCUUAUCAGAAAUUUUAAGAAAUGCUUCAUACUCAAGCAAUUUAAUUAAUUCUAAGAUAACUACAUUAGACCCAAAAAAAAAGAAUUUAAAGAAUAAUUUGAGUAAAGAUAUUUCUUAUCAAACAGCUUCUCUUGAUUACUGGAAUACUCAAAAAGUAGUUACUGAUGAUAAUAAUUUAACAAGAAAAGAAUUAAAAAAUGUAUUUCUUUUACUAUUAAACAGUGAACAACUAACAUCAUUAAACCAUUCUCCAAUCCAAGAUCUGGCCCUGCUUUCAUUUUCAUCAAUUUACCCAAGAUUCAAUAUAAGUUCUUAUAUUAGAAGUGUAUUGAGAAUCCCGAUUAAAGAAGGUAAACUAAGACUUGAAUACAGAGUUCCAAAAUUGGAUAGAUAUACAUUAUUAGUAGUAAAUGGAGAUAGAAUUCCGCUUCAUAUUAAAGGAAAAGUAAUCACGAAAAAUCCAUUUCCAUUAAAUCAUCUUUCAUUUGAAAGAAGAAUGGAUCAUUUUGUGGCAGAUUUUAUGUUGACGUUAUAUAUAGCUACAAUUGUGGGUUAUUUAAUAUAUUCAAUAUAUAGUAACCAGUCUCUGGUACAGACUUACGGAAGUGUUAUAUACAUUAGAUUUAAUAGUCUUCAAAUAAUUGGUUUGUUAUUAUUGACAAUUAAACCAAUUUGUCUAUAUUUUGAUAAAUUAAACAUAAUUGAAUUUACACAAUUUGGUAAUGUAAAAUUCUCAUCUUGGUUUAUUCCCAGAAUUUUAACCCGAAGCUAUGAAACUUUGUUUAUAAUGUAUAUGUUAUUAAUAUCACUUGGUUGGAGAGUAUUAAGAGAUAACUUACUUUCUAUGGAGGCAAAGUUAUUAAUAGGCUUCUUUACACUUCUUUUUUACUUGGGAGUUUUUGAAGUAAUUUUAGGUAUUUUUCAAAUUUCAAGGUAUAUAUUUCAAGCAGUAGCGUCAUUGUGUAUAAUUAUAGCAACUAAUAUUAAUACAACUCUUCUUCAAAAUACAAUCUCCGAUCAGUCAAUUUCACCAAGACUUGGGAUUCUUUACAAUAAAUGGGAAGCCUAUUCAAAUUUCAAGUGGGUUUUUGCAAUUUUUAUUCUCAAGCCUUCAAUCUUAUUUUUAUGUAGAGUAUUCACACUCCAGCCAAAUGGGUUCGAUGAUUGGAUUUAUACAAUUUUUGAUUCUAUAAUAGAUUAUAGUAUUUUACUAAUUACAAUGUUUUUGUUUAGGCCAUUUAAAUCUUUAAAACUUUUUAGCCAAGUUUUGGUGAAACAUUACUCUGAAUCCAAUAACGCCAAUAACAAUGAUAAUAACUUUAAUAUUAAUAGCAAUAAUUUCAAUAAUAAUAUGGAUGUAUCUAUCUGGCCAAUUAUAAUGUAG